GGGGAGUUUAAUUUCGUCACGCAAAAAAUGGAGACAGCUGCGGAAAAUCUUCUGAAUUAUUUUAAUUUUUCUCAUAUCGUUUGCAUUUCAACUAUGAAAAGAGUAGCUGGAGGGAUCAAGGAAGAGUUGCAGUUGCUAAAUUCACUGAAAUGCACUGGGUUUUGGCUGAAAAGAGGCUUUUCCUCUUGUGCGAGGAUUUUUUUUUUCAUAUGUCUUCCAUGUUGCUUUCCCGUCUCGCUUGCUCUGCUUGCUUGUCUCAUUGGCAAUCGAGUGAGCCAAGAGGCGAGUUGUGUGAUUAUUGUCUUUUGAUAUAAUUGACGAAAACAUCAAGAAAAUCGGGAUUUUUACUGAAUUUUCUCCACUGAACUAGUCUCUGGGUGAUAGAGUUUGGGAUGGAUAUGGAAGUUUCCCCAAGGCUACACAGUGAAUGAGCAGGGAAUCGUUUUGGUGGUUGGCAGAGGGGUCUGGCAAUAUUAGAUGAAUUUUUGUCAUCUCUCGCCCUCCCAGGAAAAGAAAAUCACUCUUAAUUGAGGAAAAAUGAAUGGCGCAAUCGAGAAAUGCGGAGCCCCACCAGGUCACAAGGCCCCACGAAACUACAAAUUGCUGGUGGAUCCGUUCCUUCAGAAAGGAGCCACUAAGGUCUAUCGAUAUGAUGGAGUUGUUCCGGGAGAUACAUCGCAUCCUCCCAUUGUCCUUCGGGAUCCACGGAAUCCCCUGGCAAGACUUCGGGCACGGCUGGAGGCACUCGAUUUGCCCGUGCCACGGUUCCGGAUCGAUCAGAACUACGUGGGAGAGCCACCACCGGUGGAAAUAACUAUAACAAAUCUCAAUGACAACAUUGAUAAGACUUUCCUGGCGGAAAUGAUAAGUAAAUGUGGUCCAACGGAUGAGAUGCACAUCUACUACCAUCCUGUGACCAAUAAACAUUUAGGCUUGGCCAGAAUUGUCUUUGAGAGUGUCAAAUCUGCCCGGACGUGCAUUGAUCGCCUCAAUGGGACAUCUGUGAUGGGAAAGGUCUUGAGUGUCUUUCACGAUGCCUUCGGUGAUGAGUGCAAAAAGUUACUUGAGAAUGCUACAAGUGAGAAAAAGCCCACAUCAAUCCCUUCAGCACCCUCAACUGUGCCAUCCAUGGACGAGAACACAAGAUCAGACAUCCAUGGAGAUUGGGAUAUCGAGACUAACAGCAUGGAUGGACACCACAAGGAGAAAAGCCGCGAGUAUGAGCACUACUCUUCUCAUAGCCGGGACUAUGAGAGUGAUAGGCGCGAGAAGGACAAGUACAGCGAUAAGAAGGAUAGUAGGCGGUGGGAGAAGGAGCGGAAGCACCAUAGAUAUCAUCACAAGAGUGAUCGGGAGAGAGAGAGAAGGGAUAGGGAGCGUGAGUAUGAGCGUGAGAGAGAACGUGAUCUACAUGAGCAUGAACAUCACCGAGAUAGAGUGGAGCGAAAGAGUAAGAGUCGACGACAUCGGGAACGACAGAGGAGUACCAGCAUUGACAAAUAUGGCUACAGUAGCCGAUCAGAGAGAGAAUAUUCCGUGUCUAUCGAUGGCUAUGGUACAUCAAUGUCCUCCACUGAGUUGAUGUAUGGCAAUCAUUCGGGUUACAUGAGUAGUCACUAUGAUUCAAUGUAUUCCUACUCGGCUACGGCUUAUGCCUCAGCAUCUCAGCCUCAUGCCUAUGAACAGUAUGCAACGGUUGCAACGCCAGUAUGGCAUACUGGGAUUCCCUGGACAGCGGCACCACAUGCAGCACCACCGCCACCUGAGGAGGAGGAUUGGGAUGCUGAAUUGGCACCAGCACCACCACCGCCGGAGGAGAAGCCAAAGAGGAAGAAUAAGGAAGAGAAACAACGUGAACCUGAACCCGUAGCGGCAGCAGCGGUUGACAAUGAAGAAAACUCCAAUCUCGAUCUCGAUACUCGAAUUGCCAUGAUGUUCAAGGAUAAGGCGGCUCCACCAUUUCUUCAGUUUGACAGCAGUGAUAGUGAGACUGAGGGUGGAAAGGUGAAGGAAGAGGGUGAAAUUAGUGAGCAGAUUGCAGAGGAGGUCAAGGUGGAAAGUGGGAAUUGUCGAGAGAAUUCUCUGAGUCCACCUGGAACACCACCGAGUCCCUUUUUGUCCCUGGAAGCUUAUCAGGAGGCCAGGAUUUUGUCACGGAAACUGUUGCGAAAGAUGGAGAAGGCAGCAAAGAAGUUGGCACUGGAUGAGGGUGCCAGUGAUAUAUCGUCCAGUGACGAUGAGGUACUUCUUGAGAAGGGAACGUAUAGUCCUCUGCCACCGGAUAAAAUUGAGAGGGAUGAUGAUCAGAUGUCAUUGUCAUCAUUGUCGUCUACUGAGGCAAAAAUUGAUGAAGAUCCUCCACUUGCUCAAGAUUCAGUGUCCCUUGUGGUCAAGCAUGAAUUUCAUCCGUCGUCAACUUAUCUCUAUCCAGCUGGUACAAAUCCCUACUAUCACUAUUCGUCCGAAUAUGAUUCCUAUCACUACAUGAAUCCCUAUAUUUCGGGCUUUAUGAUGAAUCCUGCAUCGAGUUACUAUCACAUGAGGCAGGAAAUUCAACCGGAACCACCUAAGAAUUCUGGUGAUCCACAUGCAGGUACAAUAUCUGCUGUGGUGGAUCAGGUAACGGCUGAAUUGAAGCAGAUUUUGAAGAAGGAUUUCAAUAAGAAAAUGAUUGAGAAUACAGCAUAUAAGCGUUUUGAAACAUGGUGGGAUGAGCAGGAACGCAAGAAAACAGCUAAAGUGCAUGAUAGUAGUGGGAUUAGGCCCCUUGGUGAGGCAAAUCAGAUUCGUACGGAGAAGAAGGCUCCUGAUAUCAAUCAAUUGUUGAAUAAUAACAUUGAGAACCUCGAUUUGAGCAACUAUACGGGUAACUUUGGCCUAGGCUUGAGAGCUACUAUUCCAAAGAUGCCCAGUUUUAGACGCAAGAAACCAUCUCCGGUGCGACAUGAUGAUGAAGACAGCAGAAGGCAUCUCAGUGAUCAGGAAGAGAUGGUACAGGGAUCAGAUUCGGAGAAGGAAGAUGUACAGCAGCAUAAAUCGAAGAUCUCAUAUAGUCGUCCGGUGCAUCAUCAACAACGUGUAAGGAAGCGUAAGGGUAGUACAUCAAGCUUCUUCACAACCUCCAGCGAAGAUAGGAGUAGUGGCAGUGAAUCUGACACGAGUACAGUGUACAGUUCGGGAUCGGAAUUGAUGAAUGAGAGGCGUGUACCGCAGAAGAGGGACAAUGACAAGAGGAUCUAUUCGGACUUUGACACAGAUGAUGAGGAUAUAACACCGACAAAGGUAGUGGAAUCAGUGGCAGGACGUAUUGGAAGUGGAAAGAUGAAGGGUGUCUACUCAGAUACGGAGACAGAAGAUGAAACAGAGACGGAAGUUGUGAAGAGGAAAAAAGGAAGAAAGUCUCCGGUAGAGAAAAAAUCUACAAUUAUUGUGACCCAGGAGAAGGAAAAGGAGAAAGAUCAGGAAGAUUCCAAAGUACCUCGAACUCCAGGAACAGAAGAACAGCAUGAAGAGAAAUCAUCAACCGUUGGAGUAGCAGCAGUUGCAGAGCCGUCGAAGAAGGUAUCUGUGUUGAAUUUGGACAGAUUGUACAGUGAUUCCGAGGAAGAGAGGGAGUAUCAAGAGAAGAGGAGACGUAAUACAGAGUAUAUGGAGCAAAUAGAGAGGGAAUUUGAGGAAGAACAGAGACGGAAGCGUGAAGAAGAAGCUGCUGAAAAGAAGGUGGAUAAAAAGGUGGAAGAGAAACCUCCUGAGAAGGCUAUUGAAGAAUCCAUGCCACCUGUUCCAUUUAGUCCAAUGGAUCCCGAAACGCCAAUUCUCACAAAACCUCCACCAACUCCAGGCGCCAAGUUAUUUGACAAUCUUGAUCCUCUGAGUAAGUUUAUGGCCAAGGAUAAAGUUGUUGAGACAACAGAGAAGAAACGUAAGAAACCAAUGACAGAAGAUACAGCCACCAAGGAGCCGCCGAAGAAGAAGAAAGCUUCGAAGGAUGUCAAUGGAUAUAUUCAGUCAUUUGAGAAGUUUGUGAAAGAUCAGGAAGAGGUGUCUAAGGAGGAACCUAAGGCUACUGUUACUGAUGCAUCAUCAGUUGAGAAGCCACCAGAGCCAAAGUAUUCACCCACAAUGUCAGAUGGGAGCUCAAGUCAGACCAGUCAAGCGAGUCAAGUGGCACUUGAUCAUUGUUAUUCACUUCCACCGUCAGCAUCACCAUCAUCUUCAUCGCCAUCGUCAGCACAGCAACAAGCAACGGCCAAUGCUGUCAAAGUCACUUCGCAGAUCUUGGCACAUGAUCAUGGAUAUACCACAAGUACCGCUCCAGAUAUCACUCCUGUGACUCAAUCUUCAGCACAGCAACAGAAACCUGCAGCUCCUCCAGUCAAGGCUAAGAAAGACACAACAACGGCCAAGACCAAGAAGGAGCCAGUGAAGAAGCAACCGGAGAAACAAGUAAAAACCACGCCAUUUGUGCCACAGAUGAAGUACGCCAAAAGAGAUACCCACGGAGAACUCCUGGUGCUGUAUGAAUUCCUCAUGAAGGGCAUCGAUGCCGAAGAUAGUGAAUAUCUCCGGCGGAGCUAUGAAGCUCUCCUACAAGAUGACGCAAAUAGUUGCUGGCUCAAUGCAACUCAUUGGGUUGAGCAUUGUGUAACAGAUAGAAAUUGGAUGCCAGCAACACCGGCUAAGAAGCGAAAACGCGAUGUGGAUGAUCUGAAGCCUCAUGUGACAGGAUCAGCACGUACAGAGGGCUACUACAAAGUUGAUGUGCGCGAGAAGCAGAAGCACAAGAUGACACAUAUAAAAGCAGAAGGUGGUGCAGGUGGUGGUGCCAUUGGAGAGACAGCCAGCAAAGUGCUAGUGGCCAAAAUGCAGGGAAUCUCGAGGGAGGCAAGAUCCAAUCAGAGACGUCUGCUGACAGCUUUCGGUGCCAGUACAGAAUCGGAAUUGCUGAAAUUCAAUCAGUUGAAAUUCCGCAAGAAACAUCUGAGAUUCGCAAAGUCACAAAUUCACGAUUGGGGACUGUUUGCACUGGAACCCAUUGCAGCGGAUGAGAUGGUGAUUGAGUAUGUGGGACAGAUGGUCAGACCUGUUGUAGCGGAUUUGAGGGAGAAUAAGUACGAGGCCAUUGGUAUUGGUAGUAGCUACCUCUUCCGCAUUGAUCUGGAGACGAUCAUUGAUGCUACAAAAUGUGGAAAUCUCGCAAGAUUCAUCAAUCACAGCUGCAAUCCCAAUUGCUAUGCCAAAGUGAUCACAAUAGAGUCAGAGAAGAAGAUUGUCAUCUAUUCGAAACAGCCCAUUGGGAUCAACGAGGAGAUCACGUAUGAUUACAAAUUUCCGCUGGAGGAUGAAAAAAUUCCAUGUCUCUGUGGGGCUCAGGGAUGCCGUGGUACUCUCAAUUAAGUGGCAGGAGAGAGGCACCGCCGCCUAUGGAGCUGCAGAUGGGAAGAUUUCGUUUUGCCGUUGUGAAUCGUUUUCUCAUCUUUCCGAUUUUUUUCUCCCAAUUUAAAGUCUCUUUUCUAUAAUUGCAGAGUUCUGUUUUUCUUUUUGAAAAAAAUAUGUAGGAUAAAUUUUUUGUGUAAAAGAAUAUUAAGAUAAGUUUAAUAUUUUUUAAGAGAGCAAAUAGGAAUAUUUUUUUAGUUCAUUCACCUAAUGAUCCUUUAAUUUGUAAGUUGAAAUCCUGAACGAGAAUUCUUCUGUUUCAUUCUUAAUAAUGAAAUAAUAAUUUUUCGUCGACACUGAAAAAAAGAUGUUUGAAGAUUAUGUAAAAAGUUGUAACUUUUAAAACGUUAACGAAAAGAAGGGUAUCAAUAGAAUAACUAAAUUCAGCAUUAUGUAAAAAAAAACUUGUCUUUUUAUUAGGAUCAUGCUUGUAAAAUAAUUUAUUCCUUGAGAGACAGAGUCAGUGAAUUAAUAAAAUCGCCCUCGAGAUGA